ACAACAACAACAACAACAACAACGAUAGAACUCGAAAAUGAAUGCUCCUCCAACAUUUGAGUCAUUUCUUCUCUUUGAAGGAGAGAAAAAGAUCCAGAUUGAGAAGGACACUAAAGUACCAAAUGCAGCAAUAUUCACCAUAAAUAAAGAAGACCAUACAUUAGGGAACAUGAUUUGCACGUAA